AUGUCUCGCGACAUCGUUUCACUCCAAAAUCCUGUGGGACCCAGACGCUCGUCCGCGCUACCCAAUAUUACACAGUUGGAAGUGUACAGCGGCCUUGAUCAGGCACCUGCCGCCCGCCUUUCCAACAACCUACUCAGCUCACUCGGCGUGGAUGCCGCCAACCUCGUUCCUCGAUCAGCUUUCGCCACGUUCAUGCCUCUUGGUCAUGAGAUGGGAGAGAUCAUGGCUGGGCCAUGA